GGAUGUUAUCAAAUAUCAUAAUAUCAUAAUAUCAUAAUAUGGAAUUACGUAAUUUCGUUACAAAUUUAGUUCGUCAAUUAGUUGUCACCAUGGCGUCCGAGUGGAAUGAUGAACUAGUGCUCACAUUUAUUGACGAAUUUAAAAACUAUCGAUGUUUGUGGGAUCCAAAAGAUACAGACCGCAAAUCGAAAAAUAAAAAAAAUGAUGCAUAUCAGAAAUUAGGCUUACAAUUUAAAAAACCAAAAGAAGAAAUACAUAAAAAAAUAAACAAUUUAAUCCAGAGUUACAGAGGAUAUCGACGAAAAAUAAAAACAACGAAAGUUUCUGGUGCUGGGAGAAAAGAUGUGUUUAAGCCAUCGUGGUUUGCAUUUGAUGCUAUACAUACAUUUAUGCAAGAUGUAUACACACCACACGGUACGGUAGAUACAAUGGGAGACAGUAUAGUGAAAGCAACGACGAACAUGAUAUCAGCGAUGAUCCAAACAAUGAUAGUUACAUUGAGAUCACGGAAGAUAAUGUCGACACCACCAAAGAAGACAAUAAUGAAAGACAAAAAAAUUUUGAUUGGUCGAGUGACACUACCAAUAUUGAAAAAAAUACAUUUAGUGCACCUGCAAUGGCAUCCCGAAAAAAAAAGAAAAAGCCGACAGAUGAAAAUGAAAUACGUGCGUCCCAGGCAUAUGAGUAUUUAAUGCAAAAACAAAAAGAGAGCCAAAAGAAAAUGGAGAAGGACGAAUAUGAUAUUUAUGGUGCUUUAGUAGCAACAAAACUCCGAAAAAUAGACGAAAUA